GACUGUCCCUCGCUUCUGGGCAGAGAUUAAUAAUUGAUGAGUUUCUAGUUAGAACCAUUUGUAAAAGGCGACUGAUAACUGCGCUCCUGCCCUUUGCAUGGUGGCCGGCAGGUGAGAGGAGGUGCAGCAAGACUCCCUGGUCGCAGAAUGAAGAGGGUUCUGGUUUUCCUGCUGGCCUUAGCCUUUGGGCAUGCGCUAGAGAGAGGCCGAGACUAUGAGAAGGAUAAAGUUUGCAAUGAACUCGCCAUGCUGGGGAAAGAUGACUUCAGAUCUUUAUCACUAAUCGUGUACAGCAGGAAGUUUUCAAGUAGCACAUUUGAGCAGGUCAACCAGCUUGUGAAGGAAGUUGUCUCCUUGACUGAGGAGUGCUGUGCCGAGGGAGCCGACCCCAGCUGCUACGACACCAGGACUUCAGAGCUGUCUAUUAAGUCCUGUGAAAGUGAUGCUCCUUUUCCGGUUCACCCUGGAACUCCUGAGUGUUGCACCAAGGAGGGGCUAGAGCGGAAACUCUGCAUGGCUGCCCUCAGUCACCAACCGCAGGAAUUUCCCACCUAUGUGGAACCAACAAAUGAUGAGAUCUGUGAGGCAUUCAGGAGGGACCCAAAGGGAUUCGCUGACCAGUUUCUGUAUGAAUAUUCCAGCAAUUACGGACAAGCGCCUCUGCCACUUUUAGUUGCUUACACCAAGAAUUAUCUCUCUAUGGUUGGAUCCUGCUGUACUUCUGCAAGCCCAACUGUAUGCUUUUUGAAGGAGAGACUCCAGAUGAAGCAGUUGUCACUUCUCACCACGAUGUCAAACAGAGUCUGUUCACAAUAUGCUGCAUAUGGAAAGGAAAAAUCAAGGCUGAGCCAUCUCAUAAAACUAGCCCAGAAAGUGCCAACUGCUAACCUGGAGAAUGUUCUGCCACUAGCUGAAGACUUUACUGAAAUCCUGUCCAGAUGCUGUGAGUCUACCUCAGAGGAUUGCAUGGCCAGAGAGCUGCCUGAGCACACCAUAAAAAUCUGUCAAAACUUAUCCAAAAAGAAUUCUAAGUUUGAAGAGUGCUGUCAAGAAAACACACCCAUGAACAUUUUUAUGUGCACCUACUUCAUGCCAGCUGCUGAACUACUUCAAUUGCCAGCUAUCAAGUUGCCAACCAACAAAGACCUCUGUGGUCAGAGUACCACACAAGCCAUGGACCAGUAUACAUUUGAACUAAGCAGAAGGACCCAAGUUCCAGAAGUGUUCCUCAGCAAAGUUCUGGAGCCAACCCUGAAAACCCUUAGGGAGUGCUGUGACACUCAGGAUUCUGUUACUUGUUUCAACACUCAGGUAUGCCUGCUUAAUCUUACAGAUAAUUUUUUUUUCAGAUUGGCAGAACGGCUAAGGACAAAAACACCCAACGCCUCUCCGGCAGAGCUGAAAGACAUUGUGGAGAAACACUCGGACUUCGCCUCUAAGUGCUGCUCUAUAAACUCCCCUCCUCUAUACUGCAACUCACAGAUUGAUGCAGAAAUGAUAGACACCCUGCAGGCCUGAUCAGGGCAUGCGCACUAUCUUGGACCACUUGAACUGGACCAUUUGAACUGGACCACUCUAGAAAAUUGCCACUGAUAACAAAAUCAAGCAAACACCACGGAGAUGGCCUUCCAAGAAGAUGACCAAGAUAAUUCCAUUUUUCCUAGCUACAAUGUUUUUGAAGAAUUAUAAAAAAUAAAUAAAUAAAUAAAUUGAAA